AUGAGGAGGCAUACCCAUGCAGGUAGCUGGUACGAUGAUGAUGCCGAUUCACUCCAACAAGAAAUUGAGGAGGCUUUAUCUACGGAUGAAGAGGCUUCACUGCCGUCACCGAAGUAUAUAAUCUCACCACACGCUGGUUACACAUACUCUCUGAAAACAGCAGCCACAGUGUAUCGAAAGAUUGAUGUGCUAAAGAUUGUCACCAUCUUCAUUUUGGGCCCGUCGCAUUACGUAUCCUUUCGAGGGUGCGGAAUUGACACCUUCAGCUCGCUUCAGACGCCUGUUGGGGUACUUCAGGUGGAUACGGAUAUAACCAAAAAGCUGCUCAAUGAAGAUGGGUUUCUGGAAAUCAGCAGGGCUGCUGCGGAGAGAGAGCAUAGCAUCGAGAUGCAGUUACCGAUACUAAGACACCUAAUGAACAGGGCGGGUGCGGGUCAAGUUAAGGUUGUACCUAUAAUUGUGGGAUCAAUGGACGCUAAGCGUUUGGAAAUGGCCGGCAAAGCACUGCUUCCUUACUUUCAAAACAAGGAUACGGCCUUUGUCAUUUCAUCCGACUUUUGCCACUUUGGACGCAGAUUCGACUUCACCGUGACGGGGUACGAAAAUGAGCCUAUUCCUUUGUGUGAGGGUAUUAAAAAGCUUGAUAUGGAUGGAGUGGAUCACAUCCUCAAGCAUGACCUAGACGGGUUCAGGGAGUACCUGAUGGAAACCGGCAACACUAUAUGCGGCUGCAACGCAAUACAGGUUCUGCUAAUGCUAAUAAAACUUUCGGAGAUGAGCAUCCGCUCAGAAAUGAUAGCAUACACCCAGGGGAUCCAAGACAGUUCUGUAUCAUACUGCUCAAUUGCCGGCGUCGAAUCCUGA